AUGAAUAUUUUCGUUCCCCUCAUUGAACAGAUGAAGGCACAAAUUGCAUCGAAAGAUCCAUGGUUUUCACUGGAAUUUUUCCCUCCAAAAACUAUGGAAGGAGCGUAUGAUUUGUUUCAGAGGAUGAAGAUUUUAGCGCAGGGACAGCCUUUGUUUUGUGAUGUCACAUGGCAUCCAUCAAAUCAGCCUGGCAAUAUGGAGAAACCAACAAGCUCCAUGUGUGUGGCGAGCACAAUGCUUAACUACCUCAACAUUCAAACCAUGCUUCAUGUGACUUGUUGCCAUCAACCAAAACAGAACAUAAAAGAACAUUUAAUAACCGCCAAAAAACAAGGAAUAAGAAAUAUUUUGGCUUUACGAGGAGAUUCCUUACCUGGGCAGGAAUGGAAUCCGAAAGACAAUGAUUUAACACACGCAAAAGAUUUUGUAAAAUUUAUCAAAGAUGAACAUGAAGAUCAUUUUGUUAUUGCAGUUGCUGGUUAUCCGGUCGGGCAUCCAGAAUGUCCUUCUUAUGAAGAUGAUCUUCGAUAUCUCAAAGAAAAAGUGGAUGCUGGUGCUGAUUUUGUCAUUUCUCAGUUGUUCUUUGAUGUCAAAACUUUCAUCAACUUUGUUGCAGAUUGUCGAAAAUUUAAAAUUACAUGUCCCAUCAUUCCUGGCAUUCUGCCAAUUCAGUCUUAUGAUUCUUUAAGGCAUAUUUCGAAGCUCGCCAAACUCGAAGUUCCAAAGAAUAUUGUGGACACAAUCCAACCAAUCAAGGACAAUGAUGAAGCCAUCCGUAACUUUGGAAUUUUUCAGGCUGUUGAGAUGUGUAGGGCGUUACUCAAUAGUGACCAUGCCCCAGGGCUUCAUUUUUACACUUUAAACAGAGAUUACGCAACCAAUUCUAUUCUCAAGCAACUUGGUCUUCUAACUGCUGACAUUCAAAGAACUCUGCCUUGGAAACCGUCAGCAAACUAUGCCCGAAUGGAUGAGGAAAUCCGUCCCAUUUUUUGGAAUCUGCGUCCUCAGAGCUACAUUUACCGCACAUCUAACUGGGAUAAUUUUCCCAAUGGCCGGUGGGGAAAUUCCUCUCUGGCAAGUUUUGGGAACCUGACAGAUUAUUAUAUGUUUUAUUUAAACCAGCCCCCGAAAACAGAACUAUUGAAAAUGUGGGGGACUCGACUUGAAGAAGAGCAAGAUGUAUGGAAUGUAUUUAAACUGUACAUCACAGGAGAGACGAACGAGAAUGGCAUAAAGGUUUCAAUGAUUCCAUGGCAUGAUGACGCUUUAUCUCCUGAAACUUCUUUGAUUGCCAAAGAACUUGCUAGUUUGAAUAGUCAGGGUGUUUUGACUAUCAAUUCCCAACCGGCAAUUAAUGGCUUACCGUCUUCAGAUCCUGUUUUUGGUUGGGGAAAUCCAAAUGGUUAUGUUUAUCAAAAGGCUUAUUUGGAAUUUUUUGUUUCCAAAGAAAAAGCUGAAAUUCUAAACAAAAUCCUACUCAAAUAUCCUCAGGUUAAUUACAACAUUGUAAACAGUCAGGGUGAUAUAAAUUACAGUAACUGUGAUGAAACUCAACCAAUUGCUGUGACGUGGGGCGUAUUCCCAGGCCAAGAAAUCCUCCAACCAACUGUUGUGGAUCCAAUUGCCUUUAAUAUAUGGAAGCAAGAAGCUUUUGAUUUAUGGAAGACCAACUGGGGUAACCUUUACCCUCCCAAGUCAGAAUCUCAAAAUAUCAUCAACUACUUUCAUGACAACUAUUUAUUAGUUAAUCUGGUGGAUAAUGAAUUCACCAAACCAACUUGCUUGUGGACAAUCACUGCAAAGAUGUUGGCAGGUGAAAAAAAUUAA